AGAAAUCCGCUCCCUCUUACCAGGGCCCGCGUCCGCUGGUCCGCCAGGCCCCGCCUUUUUUACGGCCCCCGUUGUGCUGCUGGACCCGACGAGCAGGGUCGACGGUGAACCCCACGUAGACGCGACCCCGGUGCCGAGGGUUCAGGCAGUAGAGCAGGUAGACGCCGAAGAAGCGCCCGGGCCUCGCCGCGUCCCCCGCAGGGCCCAUCGGGACUUGUGGGUUGAUUGCUGCGACCUGUGACCUCAGGGAGGGCUGAAUUGCCAGGGCCGCAAGAUGCUUGUCUCGGAAAAAGCGUUUGGGGGCGAUCCCGAGGUACCCUAGAGGCCGCAGCAAAUGCAGGUUCGCGCACCCUCUCCUGGCUGAAGUAGGGUGUCCAAAUCGGCCCAGAGAACCCAGGCUGCGAUGCAGGCGGCGGACACCUAUUAGCGCCCGAAUCCGUCCUUGUGCAGAUUCUGAUUGGCUGGCGGAUGGUAAGCGCGGAAACCCAGGACAGUUGGAAAGCUGGGCUUGCGUGAGGGCGGAAGUGCCGGGUUUACGGACGCCUUAGGGCGGAAGUAGAGGCCUCAGCGGAAGUGGCGUCAGUAAGGGCGGAAGCAGUGUGGCUGGGGUCGGCGCUGGGGUUCCAUCCCGGCUGGGCUGCCGCCCCUUCUGGGCUGCCGCAAUGGAACUCAGCGCCGAGUACCUCCGGGAGAAGCUGCAGCGGGACCUGGAGGCAGAGCAUGUGGAAGUCGAGGACACCACUCCCAACCGUUGCGCGUCCAGCUUCCGAGUCCUGGUGGUGUCGGCCAAGUUCGAGGGGAAGCCACUGCUUCAGAGACACCGGCUGGUGAACACGUGCCUAGCGGAAGAGCUUCUGCACAUUCAUGCCUUUGAGCAGAAAACCCUGACCCCAGAGCAGUGGGCCCGUGAGCAGCAGAAAUAAGAGACCAAGGCCUGCACAGCCAUUAAAUUAUGAAUCAGGGCCA